AUGGCCGACUCGUUAUUUGAGCUGCUGGCUCCACACCUGCAGACCCCAACUUCAACUCAAACUCACGAUGCCACCACCGAGCAGUAUUUGACUCGCCUGUCCACUCUCUCCCUCGACUCUCUCCAAUCCACCGAACCACAGUCACUCGCACAAUCCUCGCAUUCAACCCUCCUCUCCCUUCAGGCCCUCUCCAACCGAUCUCACCGGGCAUUCAUCACAUCGGCCGAUAACCUGUCGACACUCCGUACAAACAUUCCCCAAUUGACGAGUGAGGUGCAACAGCUACGCGAUGCCCUGCCCAAACUCGACGAGGAGACCGUGGGCUUUUCCACCAAAUACAGCAAGAUUACGGACAAUGCCGCUCUAGAACGACGAAAGAAGGCCAUGCAGCUGGCCCGCAAUGUUGACAGACUGUCUGAUAUUCUCGAAUUACCAUCCCUCCUCUCUACCGCCGUGUCUGCCGCCUCUGCCAACUCCGGUGCCGGUGCGGCAUCCACCACCUAUUCCUCCGCCCUCGAUUUGCAUGCACAUAUCAAGCGACUUCAAACUCUAUACCCCGAUUCCCCCCUAAUUCAAGAUGUCGUAUCACAGGCGGAGGAUGCGAUGAAAGAAAUGACAACCAAUCUGAUUGCGGGACUCCGAACUCAAAACUUGCGGCUGGCAGCUGGAAUGCGAACCGUCGGGUGGUUGCGACGAGUGGCACCAGAGUUAGAGGCACUGCAUAAUGAUACAACAUCGGGGGGUGGGGAGGGGGCACUGGGUGCUGUUUUCUUGAUCUGCCGCCUGGCACACUUGGUGUCGACCUUGGAGGCAUUAGAACCACUCCGGGAGUUAGCCGAUCAAGAAACACAGCGAAGGACUCCUGCAAAGGAAAAAUCCGAGACCUGGUCGAAUGGCCAACAAACCGACCGCUACUUGAAACGAUAUAUUGAGAUCUUCCGUGAACAAAGCUUCGCGAUCGUCUCGCUAUACAAGAACAUAUUCGACUCCGAACAAUCCGAGACUGAAACGGCCGUGUCCGGGCUGAGAGGCAUCAUCAAGGCCGAAAAAUUGGCAUCCCAAGCAGCGCGAACCAGUGAUCCCUUACAAAAACUACCGCCCGCUCUCGCGACAUUCCCGAUGUACCUUGUGCAAUUACUCACCGACACCAUGCGGGCAUAUCUUCCCAACCCUUGGUCGCCUUGGGGGGGGGACUUUGGGAUGAUUCUGACGGAGUUGAGCGAUGAGGAGGAGCUCAGCUGCGAAUGGGAGGAUGUAAUGCGCAAGCACCGAGCGCUAGCCGGUCGACUGGAGCAAUUGACCAGCCGAGUCGCGGUGCAUUGA